AUGGCUCAGCUUAAUGGCACUUUGAUGCCAUUCCUUUAUCCAUGUUUGUUAUUUAGCCCAAGUGUCAGCUUGGCUCCCAGGAGCGCAUUGAGAGCUUCCAGAGUCUUUCGACACUUCCGAUUAUCCUCUACUCUUCAUUCUAAUGAUAAUAUCUCCUCCUCCGAACCGUCACUCAGCGAGAAUGGCAUUGACCUCGAGAGGAAAACCCGUCUAAACCCUGCACCAUCAGACUAUGGACGAUCUAUUUUCCAAGACCGAUGCUCUCUUACCGUCCAUACCGGAUCCGGAGGUUCAGGUUGUGUCGCAUUCCUACGUUUAAAGUAUCUAGAGCAUGGUCCUGCGAAUGGAGGAGACGGAGGUACUGGAGGCAACAUCCUGAUUCAAGCUGUUGAAGGCCAAACGAGUUUACACAAACUUGCGAGGAGAGGUGUGAUAAAGGCUGGUAGAGGCCGGAAUGGGAGGGGGAAAUCGCAAGGAGGAGUGCGAGGUGAAGAUGUCCUGCUACAGGUUCCUGUAGGGACGGUAGUACGCGAGGUUGAGCGGUUUGAUCCCGUAGCAGAAAAGGAACGGGAGCUGAAAGAGCUCACCCGCGAACUGGGCAGCAGAUCAAAGGCACUGCAAGCUAUCAACUCACGGAGGGACCAGUGGGUCCUAUAUCCUGGCUCGCAACCUUCUGACUACUUCGCAACUGACUUCCCUGAGCUUGGUCCGCCGAGGAGGCCUGACCUUGCAGCUGUACAGCCUUCUGCGCCGAUAUACCUAGACCUGUCCAGACCUAUGGAUACACCGAUUGUACUUGCAGCAGGUGCUGUAGGUGGACUAGGCAACCCGCAUUUCGUCUCAAAGUCCGUUAGUAGGCCUAUGUUUGCCACAAAGGGGGAACAAGGGAUGAGGCUUGAACUCGAACUGGAACUCAAAUUACUCGCAGAUGUAGGGUUAGUUGGCCUACCAAAUGCUGGAAAAAGUACUCUACUGCGUUCAAUAACCAAUAGCCGAACUCGCGUGGGGAACUGGGCAUUCACUACCCUGUCGCCUAACAUUGGUACCGUGGUACUAGACGACUAUUCCCAGCGGAAAGCUAGCCUGACAACUCCAGGGCGGCCCCCACGGCCCAGAUUUACCAUAGCAGACAUACCUGGUUUAAUUGAAAACGCCCACCAGGACAAAGGACUCGGGCUGGGGUUUUUAAGGCACGUUGAACGUGCUGGGAUUCUGGCUUUUGUAGUGGACCUUAGCGCAGGAGAUGCAGUAGCCGCCCUCAAAGGCUUAUGGAAUGAACUCGGCGCAUAUCAGUCUAUGCGGGAUCGCGAGUUGGACAUGGAUACUCAGUCACGGCUCUCUCCAUGGACUCCGGUCACCGACAACCUUGACGAACCUCGGGUGAACGAAUGGAUAGGAGACGAAGGCCAUACUUCCACUCCUCCACCACCAAGACAACCAUCGUCCCAGCCACUUGUAUACGCCAGCCAUAAUAUCUACUCGAAACCAUGGUUCGUCAUUGGAACGAAAGCCGACUUACCAGGAACGCAAGAGAACUUCUCGUCUCUAAGGGAUUACCUUGGCCAGGUUGAGAAAGGUGCCGUUGAACACCCUUCAAAGCAGGAGGACGCCUGGCGUGACCGCAUAUUCUCCAUUCCUAUCAGCGCCAUCAACGCCCAAGGAGUGAGCAUCAUCCCCGAGAGGAUCAUACAGCUCAUGGACGGCGCUUAUUAG